CCCGCAUUCACUAUACCUGGUCUCCCCGGACCCUGCAUUCACUAUACCUGGUCUCCCCGGACCCCGCAUUCACUAUAUCUGGUCUCCCCGGACCCUGCAUUCACUAUACCUGGACCCGCAUUCACUAUAUCUGGUCUUCCCAGACCCUGCAUUCACUAUAUCUGGUCUCCCCGGACCCUGCAUUCACUAUAUCUGGUCUUCCCGGACCCUGCAUUCACUAUAUCUGGUCUCCCCGGACCCUGCAUUCACUAUAUCUGGUCUCCCCGGACCCUGCAUUCACUAUAUCUGGUCUCCCCGGACCCUGCAUUCACUAUAUCUGGUCUCCCCGGACCCUGCAUUCACUAUAUCUGGUCUCCCCGGACCCUGCAUUCACUAUAUCUGGUCUCCCCGGACCCUGCAUUCACUAUAUCUGGUCUCCUCAGACCCUGCAUUCACUAUAUCUGGUCUCCCCGGACCCUGCAUUUCACUAUAUCUGGUCCCCACAGACCCUGCAUUCACUCUAUCUGGUCUCCCACAGUACACAGAACAUGGAAAUGCAAUUAUUUUAGUAAAUAUAAACUGCUUAAUACCUUUUCUCAUCAGCAGUAUAUAGCAGUUUUAUUA